CUCCGCGCUUGCGCGGUGUAUGUUAGUGCUGUUCCGGGGUCGAUCGAGGCGGCUGUACAGUAAACCCCAAUAACAGAUAUUCCGUACGCAGUAGACUAUAUGCUACACAAUUUAGAAUAACACUAUUUAAUUAACCUGCUGAUAAUCUAAAACAUUUCAUAAAGAGAAGGACAAGAUGAAUUUUUUCAGAGGAGUUAUGCCAGCGGGUCCACAGCCCUCUGGUGCAGAGACGAUUCAGAAGCUGUGUGACAGAGUGGCCUCCUCCACAUUACUGGAUGAUCGUAGGGAUGCAGUGCGCGCUCUCAAAUCCCUCUCAAAGAAAUACCGUUUGGAGGUCGGCACCCAGGCAAUGGGUCACUUGAUUCAUAUUCUACAGACUGACAGGUCGGACUCAGAAAUCAUUGGAUACGCCCUGGAUACAUUGUACAAUGUCAUCUGUAAUGAUGAAGAGGAGGAACAAGAUGAAUCAGAAGAGGAGAGCUCUCAGAAACAAACCGAUGACUUGGGAACUCAGUUCACCGACAUUCUCAUCAAAGAACCUGAGAACGUGACACUACUCCUGUCAUUACUGGAGGAGUUUGAUUUCCAUGUACGAUGGCCUGGAGUGAAGCUUCUGACGUCCCUGCUGAAGAAUCAGUGUGCUCAGGUCCAGGGCAUCAUCCUCGUCAGCCCCAUGGGUAUUUCAAGGUUGAUGGACCUACUGGCUGACUCCAGAGAAGUCAUUCGGAAUGAUGGUCUGUUGCUGCUUCAUCAACUGACUAAAGGAAAUGCAGCCAUCCAAAAAAUUGUGGCUUUCGAAAACGCCUUUGAAAGACUUCUGGAUAUCAUCACAGAGGAGGGAAGCAGUGAUGGAGGCAUCGUGGUGGAGGACUGCCUGCUGCUGCUGCUGAACCUCCUGAAGAACAACAGCUCCAACCAGAACUUCUUUAAGGAAGGCUCCUACAUUCAGCGCAUGAAGCCCUGGUUUGAGGUGGGGGACGACAACUCCGGCUGGUCUGCGCAGAAGGUGACAAACCUGCACCUCAUGCUGCAGCUGGUCAGAGUGAUGGUUUCUCCAGUAAACUCCCCUGGGGCCACCAGCAGCUGUCAGAAGUGCAUGUUCCAGUGUGGGCUCCUGCAGCAGCUCUGCACCAUCCUCAUGGCCACCGGCGUUCCUGCUGACAUCCUCACUGAGACCAUAAAUACUGUAUCAGAAGUAAUCCGUGGUUCCCAGGUCAACCAGGACUACUUUUCAUCUGUGAACGCCCCCUCCAAUCCACCCAGACCUGCUAUCGUGGUGCUGCUGAUGUCCAUGGUGAACGAGCGGCAGCCAUUCGUCCUGCGCUGUGCCGUCCUUUACUGCUUCGAGUGCUUCCUGUAUAAAAACCAGAAGGGCCAGGGAGAGAUCGUCUCCACACUCUUACCCUCCACCAUCGAUGCGAACUCGAUCUCAGCGGGCCAGUUGCUGUGUGGGGGCCUGUUUUCGGCAGACUCCCUGUCGAACUGGUGUGCAGCGGUGGCGCUGGCCCACGCCCUGCAGGACAACCUGACCCAGAAAGAACAGCUCCUGCGGGUACAGCUGGCCACCAGCCUGGGGAACCCACCCGUGUCCCUGCUGCAGCAGUGCACCAACAUCCUGUCCCAGGGAGAUAAGGUCGACAGGAGGGGCAGUAAGGUGCAGACGCGGGUGGGGCUGCUCAUUCUCCUGUGCACGUGGAUCAGCAGCUGCCCCAUCGCCGUCACUCAUUUCCUCCACAACCAGGAAAACAUCCCCUUCCUGACUGGCCAGAUCUCAGAGAACCUGGGGGAGGAUGAGCGCCUUGUGCAGGGCCUCUGCGCGCUCCUGCUGGGAAUCUGUAUCUACUACAAUGACAACUCCCUGGAGAACUACACCAAGGAGAAGCUGAAGCAGCUGAUAGAGAAGAGGAUCGGGAAGGAGAACUUUGUGGAGAAGCUGAGCUUCAUUAACAAACAUGAGCUGUACUCUCGAGCUGCCCAGAAGCCCCAGCCGGCCUGCUCCAGCCCAGAGCAGAUGCUGUUUGACCAUGAGUUCACAAAGCUGGUUAAAGACCUGGAGGGUGUCAUUACCAAAGCUGUGCACAAGUCCAGCGAGGAAGAGAAGAAAGAGGAAGAAGUGCGGAAGACUCUGGAGCAGCAUGACAGCAUAGUCACCCAGUAUAAGGACCUGAUCAGAGAGCAGGACACCCAGAUUAACGAGCUGAAAGAGCAGGUGUGCUCCAUGACCUCUCAGGCUGAGCAGCUGCAGGGCACCAUCACCCAGCAGCUGGCCCAGAUCCAGCAGCACAGAGACCAGUACAACAUCCUCAAGCUCAAGCUAGGUAAUGACAGCCAGCAGCCGAUUGGCCAGAGUGAGGGAGCCCAGAUGAACGGACUCCAGGGGGAGGAGCUGAGCCUGUUGAGGGCCGAGUUAGAGGAUCUGCGCAGCCAGCAUGCGCAGCUGCAGACACAGCUAACGGAGAAAGAGUCCAUCAUCACAAGUCUGAGGUCAGAAGGGACACAGGCAGUGCAAGCUGUUCCUGGAGAGUCUGAAAAUCAGGAGCUUCUGAAGGAACUAGAUGCUUUAAGGAGCCAAGUUGAGACGCAAGCAGCAGAGAUCAGCCGACUACAAACUGAAAGAGAUGAGCUUCAGCAGAAUGUUUCUGGGGCUUCUGCCCCAGUGCUUUCUGGAGACGCCACCCAGAUCAGCGAGCUGGAGAAGCGACUCUCUGCCCAAAACGCAGAGACAGAGAAACUACAGGAGGAGGUGAAGAGGCUGUCAGAAUCGCAGGGCAGCCUGGAGCAGCAGCUAGCGGCCGCUAACAGCACGGUGGCCAUCCUACAGACGGAGAAGAACAAGCUCCAGCAGGAGGUGGCCGAGUCCAAAAAGGAGCAAGACGAUCUUCUGAUGCUGCUGGCGGAUCAGGACCAGAAGAUCACCGCACUGAAACACAAGCUGAAGGAUCUGGGAGAGUCUAUUGAAGAUGAGGAUGACUUGGAUUCCAAGGACCAAUUUGGCGAUGAUGAUGAUGAUGAUGAGGAGGAUGACGAUGACGAUGAUGAUGAUGAAGAUGACGACGAAGAAGAGGAAGAUGAUGAAGCAUAGAGAAGAUUUGCUUAGAGAGACAAAAGACAUUACUGCACCAAGUAAAGCUAAGACACUACUAUAGAAAUGGGCAGGGAGAUCGGUCCUUUUAUGUCUAACCCUAGACUACAUUUUAUUGUUCAGCUUUUAUUUUGGGCAAAAGGCAAACAGGUUUCCCACAGUAAGCAGACCCAAAGACCCUUGUCUUUAGAUUUUUUUUGUUUUUGUACUGUACUCUGGAACUAGUUAUUACACUAGUUCCGUGGCCUACGGCAAAGCUUUUAACACUUUGCUCUGUGUGUAGUUUCUAAUUCAUUUCAGGAGGGUGUGUCAGGGAGAAGGGGGUUAAUCAGUGGAGAAUGGCACCAGUGUUAGGACAAGCCUGUAAUGUACAUGUCUUGUGAUAUGAGGAUGAAUUUUAACUCACAGAGGAAAUGAUCGAGGCGUGCCUGCUCCUUGUGUCUCCUGUAUCUCGCACAUGCACACACCCCAGGCUGAGUACCGUGUGCUCCAGGGUAAAACCCACCUGCUGCUUCUUUGGGAGGGGGAGGGGGGG